UCGAAAUGCUGCGCUCGUAACAGCGUUUGGUACGAGGAGCGUUGACUUGGUUCGGGUUUAUAUCAGAUAGGCAUGGAGGAAAAGGAGUCCAUGGAGUCGGAGCCCGGGGUCCAGACGGAAAGCCUCUCAUUGAUAAUAAGCGAUGAGGGAGAGGAGGAGGCCAGUCCGCCUUACAGCGCCUCGGCACAGCUCGCAGCAGGUGAAGAGGACAUGACCAACGGUCACAUUAGAGAUGACAGCCAAGCUUUUCCCAUAGCUCAUGUGGAAUCACCAGGGACGAGCUACUGGAGUGUUUCAGAGAGCCCCGAAUCGCCAUUUCUUCUGUCCCCUGUUCCAGGGCCCUCUAGACAAAAAACGUCUCCAGCUAAAUCAGGACGAGCAUCACGGACUGGGCACAGCCGCAUCCCUGGUCGAGAUCACCGCCGAUACUACCACGAGCACUGGAGAACUGAGUACCUGAUGGACUUUGACCCCAAAAGAAAUGGGAUGAUCUGCAUGGUAUGUGGCAGUUCCUUGGCCACUCUAAAGCUGAGCACUAUUAAGAGACAUAUCAGGCAGAAGCAUCCCGAUUCCUUGCUGUGGAGCGCGUCUGAUAAGGAGUUGAUCCGCUCAGGCUGGGAAAACCAUUUAAAUCUAGAAACUAGUAAGACAUCAUGCCCAGAUACAGCCAUCACGUCGGAGCCGGAGGAGACGGUGAAAUGCGCCAGUCUUUCUACAGACAAGCCUGGCAGUGCUGUGAUAGUUAAAACUGAAGCUGAGCCUGAGCCCAGGAUGGUGAGCUCCUCAUCUGCUCAGGAGACUCAGGGUGUGUCAGCGGAGAUGCUAGAGCGGUACGUGAACGACUCAUUGCACGCCUGGUUCCGGCAGGAGUUUCUAAUGGAGUACCAGGCAGAGGCAAGCAGGCUAGUGUGCAUGGUGUGCAGCUGUCCCUUGCCCUCACUUCAUCUUGACCAUAUCAAGAACCAUGUGCUGGAGCAGCACCCCAACUCACUGGUCUACAGCGCAGAGGAGAAACAUCGCAUUCUGCAGAGCUGGGCCCAAAGCCAGGACGCUCCAAGAGACUACAUCAAGACUGAGCCAAACACCAAAGAUCUGAGCCCAGGACAGUUCCCUUCCACAGAGCCUGACUCUCUUCAGCACAGCACAAAGCCAUAUACAGGGUCUGAGAGGGGCUCUGAUGCUCCUACUCUGUUCAACCUCACCACCAGGUUAAAAAACAGCUGCCCAUGGCAUCUACGGCUUGAUUAUUUGGUUGCUAUUGGACCGCCGAGCAUGCCAGGAUGUUACUGCAUGGUGUGUUCUGAAGAGCUGCCUGUGAUCAGAGUUAGCAGCUUUCGCAGACACAUACAAGACUGCCACCCUGAGACCAGCAAUCUCAGCCAAAGAGAGAGAGAAGAUAUAGCCAGUGCUUGGACCCAGGACGGGGCCACGGAGGAGCCGGAAACACACUUGGACCCGGAAGCAGUCCCCAGUGACACACUUGUUGAAAGCAAGAAGCUGUCCAUGAAACCAUCUGGCAAGCAGAGUGGCAUUAAAAAGGAAGAUGGUGACAGGUCCAAGGUCAUGUCAGCGCCCAUCAUAGGGCGAAACACCCACUACCCAGGCAAGGACCAGCGACGUAACUACCAGGUGCACUGGCGCAUGGAGUACCUGAUGGACUACGACUGCAGGAGGCAUGGGUUGAUCUGCAUGGUAUGCGGCGCCACGCUAGCAACUCUGAAGGUGAGCACGAUCAAGAGACACAUCCAGCAGGUCCACCCUCAUUCACUGUACUACAGUCCCGAGCAGAAGCAGCAGGCAGUGGAAGGUUACAACCAAGCAACUCUGCACUUCGCUCACUCAGACAACUGCUUCUCAGGCUCGGAUCACAGUCAAGUAGCACAGACGAACACUAAGGCUGAGAUCGAGUAGCCUGAAUGAUCGAUGCGAGUUGUGGCAUGCUUUCUUGCACUCAGGAAGAAGAUUGUUGGAACAAGCCAAAAAUAUGAUCUCCACAGCUUUUUAGUUGAGAAUGUAAGCUUGAUACAUUUUUGUGCACUUUUUUAUGAUUUCAUAACAUGGUUUCUGGUAUUAAACAGUCAUCUGCUUGGAGGUGGGGAAAUGUUAAAUUGCUUUCUACAGAGGAUUGUCACUGGCCCAAAUAUUGAUGGACUGUUUUCCACCCCUCCCACCCCACCUAACCACCCCUCCCCCCUCCAGCACCUUUUUAUGCAUCUGUAUUUGUAUAGUGCAGUCUUUGGUAAGAUUUAUUGAUCGCUGCAGAUAGCAGGGUUUAAAGUACCAGAGGGAUCGUUUUGCAUGGGGUCAGCAAUGCAGUGGUUCGCACAUUCAGCACUUAAAGCACUUGGUAUGAGGGGACCAAGGGAACUGGUAUGAAGCAUGACAUGUACAGAGGCACCUUGUAAAGCCUACAAUGUGCAUAGAGAAAAAUGUUCCAUGAAUUUCAAUGAAUUAUUUAGUAACACAUCAUUAAUGAAUAUCACACAUGAGGAAAAUAAUGUCAAGGAUUACCUAUUGAUUAGGUAUGUAAUUUCUUUUUUUCCCCCCAAAGAUCAUCGAUUCAUGUUGUAUUAAAAUAAAUAGUUGAUAAGGUCAUUUGCUGCAUCAUAUAAAUAAGGGACGCAAGUCCAUGUCUCAGGGAGUGUGUAAUCUGGGUUUGCCAUCUAUAAUGUCGAUUCUACUUUCUUUUGGGACUUGACUAGUCACUGUAGUCUAAAUGAUGCAUUAAAUUCUCUAUGAACUGAUUGAAAAAAUGCAACUAAUUUCACUUGAGUGGAACUGAAGACAUCUGUGUGAUUUUUUAUUUUUUUUUAAGUGAAGUUGUGAACAGUUAAAAUGAAAACUUGAUGUCUUAAUUUAUUUACGUGCAUACCUUUUGUUUCGCUCUGUAUUCUAACUCUGUUGUUCGGACUCCAGAUGGCGUUGUUCAAAUGAUCACAUUCAUGUCAAAGGAUGUCUAUGAUUAACCCUGGCAGGCUGUUGUAAACAGAAAUUUUAUUGGUGCUUCAAUUAUGCGCUAUGCUUGCUGCAAAGAAAAACACACACUUCAAUGCAUAUCU